CGCCGACACAAGAUGGAAGAGGGCAACAGCUGCAGGAGAACAAUGUUUUGGCAGUGAACGCUGAACAAACUGCGUGUUUGGGGUUCAUUCAGACGUCCGGAGGCGGACGUGGAGAUGCGCGGUGUGUAUCAUCUUUUGAGCUGAAUGAUCAUUGGAGGAACCAGCCAUGAGUAUUAUCCAGGACAAGCUAGGUAACGAGUUUCUGCGCAACGGCAGCAUGGACCCCAACUUCGCCCCCAGCAUGAUCAUGUUCAGCCAUUUACCUCCAGUCACCAGCUUCACGCGGCUCACCUCGCAGCCGGUGGUCACCGAUUUGCCACAAGAGAUGGUCCUGAAGAAGGAGAGGGAUUCUCCAGAGCACGGUGGCGGUUUUCUGCACAGCAUGGGCAUAAAGCAGGAGAAGUUCAACGAGCUUGAUUAUCGCAUCCCACUGUAUGGAUCAGGCCCGGGGACAGGAGGCGGAAAGAGUUCAGAUAUGCUGGACAUUUCGCUCGGAAGUCACCAGAACAUGCUCCUGCAUGAUGUCAACAUCAGCAGUCAGCUUCCUCAAAGAUUAGGGAAAGACCCAAAAGACUCCACACACAGGAAAGGACGGAGGGCAAAUGGGGAGGGAACAGAAGGCAGAGGUAGAAGAAAGAGAGGGGAUUCCACAAAGUCAGUGAUGCUGGAUGGGGAGGGAGGUCCCCUUUCUCCCAGCUCCAAGCCGCACAUAUGUGAACACUGCAACGCCGCUUUCCGCAGCUCCUACCACCUGCGCAGACAUGUGCUCAUCCACACAGGUGAGAGACCUUUCAGGUGCAGUCAGUGCAACAUGAGCUUCAUCCAGAAGUACCUGCUCCAGCGGCACGAAAAGAUCCACAGCGGGGAAAAACCAUUCAGCUGUGACCAGUGUAACAUGCGCUUCAUUCAGAAAUACCAUAUGGAGCGACACAAAAGGACACACAGUGGAGAAAAGCCAUAUAAAUGUGAUACUUGCCAACAGUAUUUCUCCCGUACUGAUCGUUUACUGAAGCACAAGAGAACGUGUGGAGAAGCCAUAAAGAAGGGUCUGGACCCAGGUAUGCUAGACCUUGGAGAGGAAGACCUGGGACAAGGCAGCUACCUACACACUCAGGGAAAUGCCAGUGCACCACCACGCAAGAGAGGCAAGUCCAAGAACAGUGGGGAGGGUGGAGAGCGACGGAGGAAAAAAACAGCCGCUUCAGGGGCAAACCAGAUGGUUGGCUUGCAAGACUAUGCCAUCGACAUGGCCGCUGGCUCUGGGGCAUCCUCUUCAGGGAUGGGAAACAUGGCAGAUACCAGCAUGGCUAACCAGCACGUUCGCACUCCCAAGCUCGGCUUUAAGAGAGGCGGACGCAAGGGUGCGGACAAGAGCUUGCUCUCAGUGGGUGAGGCAAGCUCAAGCUCAGCUCUCCAUGAACAGAAACUGUUACCUCCUAAAUCCAAUCCAAUGGAUCUGCCUGGACCGGGAGAUAUGGACGGUCUAGGCCUCCUCCAGAGUUCCUCAGAGUCGAAGCAAGGUGGCACAAGCAGCAACUACGACGAUGCCAUGCAGUUUCUGAAGAAAAGAAGGUAUUUACAUUUAACGAACAGUAGCGGCGGAGGUGACUACGGCUCAGUUCACCUUCCUCAUCAGCAGACCGUAAUCCAAGGCGGCAUCGGUGAACCCACGCUUGCCUUACUGGACACGUCACCUCUAGUCAGUGUUGACCACAAGCAUGACAAGUCGGGCAUCCCAGAUGAGGUACUUCAGAGUCUGCUAGAUCACUACUCCCAUAAAAGCGAUGUGACUUUUGAUCUCUCAGAUCCACACCACAUAGAGCUGCAUGCUGCUUCAGCGACCCCUGAGCUAGGAGCAGACGAAAGCUCCUCAAAUGGCUCAGCUGACAAAAGUGGCGUCAUGAACGAGUAUUCAAAGUUCCUGCUGCAGACACUGGAGAGGACAAGCCAUGGUGGUAGUGGCGUCUUUACGUUCUUUCCAGAGAAGCACAUGUAUGCUAUGUCUCCUCUGGAGUGUACCUUCGGCCAGUCGGUCUCCUCCCCCCACGGUCCCUCAUCCGUACCAAAGUCCCACUUCAGCAUGCUGGUGGGAUCCCAAUCUCCCUCCCACACCUCGCCUUCCUCCCAACAGGCCUUUCACCUGAGUGCCCUUGAGCCCUCUGCCCACCAGCAGCUCACGCCAUCUCAAGAGCUAACUGAGCAGUUGGACACCCAAGCGCUUGCUAAUGGUGGCGGACGGAAGGAGCAGGUAAAGAAUGUCAAUGUCACCACGGCGAACAGCACCAGCACUGGCUCCAGCUCUGUCUAUUCGCUAUCUUCUCCUCCUGAUCUGACGGCCCUGCAGCCAUCCAAGGAGGUGGACAUGCGACCCACAUUUCAGAUCGAGAACUUCGCUCAGGCAUUCGGCUCCCAGUUCAAAUCCGAGCGUCGGACACCCCUGGCGUACAGCUCUGACCCCCAGAUCGUCGUCGUCGAGGUUGACCCCCGAAUAUCGCGGACACCGGUGUCGGAAUUCUCAGGGUAUACCAGUCUGUUAGCUGAAGUAAAUGAGCCAGCUAGCUCAGGAACCAAAACCCCCACGAGCCAAAGCUACAGGUAAAGGUUUUGGUAGCCAGCCUAACCCUGCAGUUUGGUACAAGGACUUUCUCCAAUGCCCUCAACCCCAAUUCCCCUUUUUUUAAAACAAGAAAAAAAAAUAUUAAUUAUUACACUGCCAUUAAUUGUUAAUACUCUACCAGGGAAGGUCUAACUGACCUCAAAUGCAAUUUUUUAAAACUCUUCUUUUUUUAAUAUGUAUUUUAGUUUCUCAUUUUUUAUUAGUGUAGUCAUUUCUGUGAUUUAGAGGGUAGGUAAAGACUGGCUUGACUUUUUCUCAAACCCUGUGUUUUAGCAAUCAGGAUAGAGUUGUAAAAUAGAUGAAGAUGAUCUAUAGUAAUAACUGUUGUCAGGGUGUGGCCCAGUGUUUAGUGGCAGAAAAUGUUGGCCUAUUGUCUGUUACAAUAAUUGAAAGUAUUACUCAGGAAAAAAAAGCAUUUUUUUAAUAAUUAGGUGCAACUAGCACUGAAUUUUUCUUAGUAUAGUUUAAAACUACAGUGAAUCUUGUUUUCAGAAAUUCCUUGAGGAAAAAAAAGCAAAUCCACACUCAGUCUACCUGUUUUAGCUGAUCACACUGGUGAAUCUUUCCACUACUUGUACAUAUGCAGAGAUUACGGUACUUUUCUCAAUGUGAAAACACUUUGCAUACUUUAAUCACUAAAGGACAAGUCAUAAGAUAUGGUUAUGAACACAAUUGCACACGCCCAGUCCCAUGCGAACGCUCAUGGAAAUCUGCAUGCGUGGAAGAUUUUAGGUAGCAUCUUUACAGCUACUGAAAUGUGGCCUCAGGGUUUGUCGUACACAGGCUGAUUUAUACUUCUGCAUCUGAAUCUGUAAACACGUGCAUGUCAUGUAAAAACAUUCGCAUCAGUGUGUACAGUAGGGGGCAGUGUUGCAUGUAGCAGACCAGAACAUUGUGAACUGAGAAACAAAGCGUGGAGCCUUACUUUUCACUGUAGAAGACAUGAUGGAACGAAGUAGGAGGAUAAUAUUGAAUGCGGUUGUUAUUAGUUUUUACAUUGUACUUGCUCAUUAAUGGCAAUAUUCUGCUGAAAUAUGUCUUGCAUUUCCUUCAGGGUUUUUUCAUAUAAUAAAAACGUAUUGCCCCAGGUUGUUGCCAUAUCUCUAUUUUAAUGCAACUAGUUACUAAUGUUACUAGUUUUCCUCAGUUUGUUCCACAAGUUCUGGAUUUGGUGUAGAGCUGUUUGGGUCUUGUCGCGUCCCUGACAUUACUGUAUACUCCAAUCACUGUAAUGCAGCGCAGAUCAGAUCAUGAGGUUGUUGAUUUUUCUUUUUUAACCCUCAAGCUUUUACUUACAUAUGAACUCUUUGGCUUGUCUCAGUGGUUUACAGAAGUAUAAAUCAGCCAUAAAUCAUAACCCCCCCUGUUAAAUGUGUCAGCUCUCAUCCCUUUUAUUUCUCAAGGAAUCAUAUUAGCACUUUUACCACUGAAGACAAAAACUGUUGGAUAACAAAUACAUACAUGCUUUGUUCAGAGAAAAGCUGUGAUUUUCUUUUUUUUUUUUUUUUUUUUUUUUUAAUGAAAAUGGGUGUUUAUUGAUAGGGGCAUUUUUUAUUUUAUUUUUUAUAUAUAUAGCAGGAUGAGAGGGUUAUUAGCAUGAUUUGAUUUAGUAAUGCUAUCGACAUGGAUGCCAUACCAAUUUCUUUGUGCUGUGGAGCCUUGAGUGUAAGAACAGGGCCUCUUUGUAUUCAAAGUGUAUUUAAGUAUUAAGUUGAUAUUUUUGUUUUUGCGUGAAUAGCUGCAUUUGGAAUUCUACCUCUCAAAUUACAAAUUUGAUGCCUAAUGGACAAAAAAAUGCAAACUUCCCUUUCAAGGUCUUGCUUGGAGAACCUCUAAGUGGUGGACUUUUUUUUUUUUUUUUUUUUUUUUUGGACCUGAACCUGUUGAAUAAUUUUUUAUCUGAUAGCCAUGAAAUCAGGAAUAUCACAGCCUGAGGAGACUUGUGAAUCUGAUCAUCCUUUUUCCCCUGAUCUAACACAAAUGCAAUCUUUGCUGUGCCCGUGAAUGGAGCAGGAAGACUCCCUCUGUCUUCCUUCCAUGUCUCCUGCUCCAAUCCAGCAUGAACGGGACACAGCUAUUGGCCUCAGUCCCCUCACAAAGAACUGCUGAUUCUGCACUAGUGUUGGGGCUUAAAACCUAAAUGCUGCACUCCAAACCUGUCCCAUACUAAAAAAAAAAAAAAAAAAUGGAAAAAAAAAGUGGCAAAAAGAACACAAUUGACCAUAAAAUACCUCAUCGCUGUACACACGACAAAACCAGGGACGUGUUUCAUGUAGCCUAUGUAGUGGUAAUAUUGUAGUGUACAUCAGCCAUAUUGUAGAACCAUAAUAAUGCCACCUGUGUUUACGAUUAUCAUUCAUGUUGGUCUGUUCGAAUACUUUUUUUUAAUUUUUUUUUUUUUAUGUCUGUUAAGCAGUUUGUUUUUGCCAAGCAGUGUUUCCUUGUAGAUCUCUUCCCCUUUGGACUUCUUGAAAUUGUUUCAUGUCUCUUCCUGUUUUAUUUUUGUUACUUGCCAUAAUGUGUUUUGAUAUGAUCUCUAGAAAGAUUUUGUUUACAAUAAUAUACAAAACACUAAAAAAUGUUUUUUUUUUUUUUUUUUUUUUUUUCCCCCCCAUUUGAUUUGUUGUCUGAUGCAUGAUAUGAAGUUUUUUUUUUUUUUGUUUUUUGUUUUUUUUUUAUGGAUUUUUUUUUGAUCACUCUUGCACCAAAUGUUUUUGUUUUGUAUCGUAUGUGUCCUCAUCUUCAAGCUUUUUUGUGACUCUACAGGGCUGAACAUGUCAGAUGACUUUAUAUAUGAUUAGAUAAGCCAAUAAAACCUUUUGUUAUAAAA